UGAGUGCCUCGUCGGCCACGCAAAGAGGCGGAAGUACCGAGCAGCGCCGGAAGUUGGACUAGAGCGGUGUGCGUUCGCGGGCAGCGCGCAGCGCGGUUGCCAUGGAGCCGGCCGGGCUUUGUGGUUUCUGCCCGGCAGGGGAGGCCCAGCCGGCGCGUUACACUUGCCCUCGCUGUAACGUGCCCUACUGCUCGCUUCGCUGCUACCGGGCGCAUGGCACCUGCGCCGAAGACUUCUACCGAGACCAGGUGCUGGGAGAGCUCCGAGGCCGCAGCGCCUCGCCCAGCCGACUGGCAAGCGCCCUGCGCCGGCUGCGCCAGCAACGCGAGACUGAAGACGCGCCCUCGGAGGCAGGCUUCAGCCCCGGCCCGGCGCCCGGCGGCCUGUCAGGACUCUGGGAGCGGCUGGCGCCGGCCGAGAAGACGGCUUUCGAGCGGCUGCUGAGCCGCGGCGAGGCCGGGCGGUUGCUGCCUCCGUGGCGGCCGUGGUGGUGGGGCCGCAGGACUGGACCGCGGCUUCUGGAGGAGGUGGAUGAUGCCUCGGGCAGUGACGCCGGGGAACGGGAGCCCGCCCCUGCGAGGACCACGCCGGGAUUGGUGAAGGAUGAUGCCGCCGCGGAGCCCGCGGCCGCCGAGCGAGUUCUUGGAGACGCCCCGGGGGCCUGUACGCCCGCCGUACCCACCCGCAUCCCCGCGCUGGCCAGCUUGAGCCGUGGCCCACUUUCGCCGCUCGUUCGCUUCCAGCUGCCCAACGUGCUGUUCGCCUACGCGCACACUCUGGCCCUCUACCAUGGCGGUGACGACGCGCUGCUGUCUGAGUUCUGUGCCUCGCUGCUGGGUGUUUCCGGAGCCCUGGGCACCCAGCAAAUCUUCGCCUGUGCGGAGGAAGCCCUGGAGGCCGCAGCCCACGUGCUAGAAGCGGGCGAGCACCCCCCUGGGCCCCUGGGUACGCGCGGUGCUAUGCUCGAGGCUGCCCGCAUCUUGCAGGGCGAGGGCCCAGCCAACCAAAAAGGCUACACGUUGGCAGCAUUGGGGCACCUGGUGCAGACCCUGGGCCGGGCCCGAAAACAGGCCGUGGAUAGGGAAGAGCGAGAUCGCCUUUACCGGGCCCGGAAGAAGUGCCAAUUUCUGCUGGCUUGGACCAACGAAAAUGAGGCAGCCCUCACACCGCUGGCUCUAGACUGUGCCCGGGCCCACAGAACCCAUGCUGUGGCAGCCGAGGAGGUGGCAGCCCUCACUGGGGAGCUGGAGCGGCUGUGGCGAGGCCCCAUGCCACCUUCCCCAAGGACUCUCAUUGAGGAGCUCCCUGGCUAAACUAGGGACCCUUGUCUUUAAUAAAGCUGUGACUGGUC